CAUCACAAACACAACCCCAUUCCAUCAUCCACAAAAUUUUUACACAUGCGCAUUUACUCACCCCAAAAAUUCACCAUUCUCUUUGCUCUCCAAUGCCAGGAUCCAUUCAUGUUUCAGUUGUCGACUUGAAGGAGCUUCCACCUUCAUCAAGUUUUGUCAAGGUUUCAUUGGGGAAAGUUGAGCAUGAAGCUAGAGAAAAUGAGACAUUUUCUUUCCCUUUGACAAAUUUGAGAGAUAAUUUGAUCAUCACAAUUCAAGAUGCAGACGGGAACCAAGUGUCGCAUUCAGGUGUCACAACUAUGUUGAUAAUUGAAAAAGGUACAUGGGAUGAUGUGUUUCCCAUUCAAGGAGGUGGACUUAUACGUAUGAAGUUGGAGUUUGUUCUUAGUGAUGAGGAGAGGAACCGAAUUCGUUUGAUGAGAGAAUCUGCAAUGAAGAAGAAGGAAGCUGAAAUUCUUAGUAGCAGGCUAAGAAAUGCAGAUAGUGCCCAAAUUCUUGCAUCCUCUUUGCGCAGACAUGAGGUCUCAGAUGUUUUAAGGGCUAAGUCUUCUGAAGAUUUCCAAAAAAGCAGUUUCAAUAAUGCUGCUGCAAAAAACGGUCUAUCAACCUCUAUCGAUCCUUCCGUUAAGGUUUUAAAAUCUAGUGAUGGGAUAGAAGAAGAAUCUUUCCAGAGGCAAUUAUUUACAAAUGCUACAGAUAGGAAGGAUGAGACUUCAUCCUCUCUCUUGACAGAACGGACUGAUUCACCAACAGCCUCAGCAAAUAAGAACAAAGCUGCAGAACCAAAUACUUCUGCUAAUUUUUCUAAGAAGAUAUCUGAGCAGAAUCAUGAAUACAAAAGUAUAAGUGAGAGCACAUCUACUCCUUUGUUACAAGAGACCCAAGCUAGUUCAAACAAGAACAAUGAGAUUCAGUUAGAAUUGCCGGAAAUACCCAAGAUUUCUUUAGAAGGGGAUCAAGUAGCAACUGUAGAAGCUAUCGAUUCUCUCAAUCUCAUGAAGAAGAAUAAUUCAGCCAAAUCAAGCUUGGACCAUGAUAUGGGAAAACAAAGCAAAAGUUCUCCUAUCUUACAAGAAAACGCAACGAAACCAAUAACAAGCGGCAAGAAUCAAUCACAACAAGCGGAUGUAUCCACAAGCUUUCAUGGUUCAUCUGCUCAUGAUGUGGGAUCUUCAAGAUCAACUAUAGCUGAAAAGAUUAAAUCUUUUUCCCCUAAGCUUAUAGAUGAACCGGAUAAGCAGGGCUCAUCAGAAAAAACUCCGCGCAAUAUUAAGAAGAUGAUUAGUGUAUUUGAAAGUAGCGUGUCUCAGGAUAGAGUACCUCUUAAGCCUUUAGGUACAAAACCAUACAGAGCUGGAACCUUACGUUCAUUAAACGAUAUGUUGAUAAAGGAUUAUAAUGAGAAGUCUGAAUCUAGCCUCAAGAACUCAGAAACAUUGAGUCGAACCAGACUCAGAACUUCUUUUAGUACAGGGGAUCUGAGAAAAAACCUCUCAAGCAUCAUAACAAAAGAAGACCAGGAUGCUUCUAACAACAGUUUUGUAGAACCAAGUGAAACGAAUAUGCAAUUGAACAAGAAUGAUCCAGAGGGAAAAGUAAAAUUGCCAAAAGAUUCUGUAGUGGCCACAGAUAGAAAUGUAACUGUAAAUAAUGAAGAGAAGACUGCUUUCACGGAAACUAACACAAAUAGUGUACAAAAUUCAUGUGAAGAAGAUGCUGCGACUUCAGGAAGAAUGUCUCCAGCCCAUGGUGAUACAGGAAGGAGCCUAUUAGGUGGUCGCAAAAUCGGAGAAAUAGGCCAUGAAGAAAAAAUUGUUGCAUCUAAACCUCAAGUUGUCAUGAAAGAUGAGGUGGAUCAUGGAGGUGCUGAGGUUUUGAACCAAGGUGAAAAUAUGGCUCAUAUUUCAGAAAAUAUGAGUCCUACGAUCGAAGAUGAAGAGGCUUAUAAUGGAUCGCUUGGACAGGCAAUCAAAAUUGCACUUGUGAUAGGAUUUGGUGUCCUAGUUCUGCUUUUCCGACAAAGAGAACCUGGAAAAAGCAAGAAAAAGGAAAAUACCCAUGCGUUAAAGAAUCAAGUGUUCAUGAAUAAACGAGGAUCACUCGAAGAACAACGCAGGAAGAUUGGUACUUUGAAGUUAUCUUAAUUGGAUAUCUUCAACUGUCACACAAUAAAUUAUGGGUCAAAAGUUAGAAUAUAUGCAGAAUUCUUUCGGAAAAUGUAUUAAACGGGAGGCGGAUAUUUGCUCAUCAUCAAUUGAUCAUAGCAUCUGAUGUAAUAUUUCUCUUGAUGCUAUUUCGAUUAUUAUUAUUUUUUGUGUCAA